CCCGCUUCCCGCCUUCCCCCCUCCCUGCCUGCACCAUGCAGCCGACGGACCUUCCCUGCGACGUGGUGUACGCGGGGCGCGAGAUCCUGGGCGAGCUGUCGCUGGCCGAGUCGCGCGAGCUGCUGGUCACGAACGGCAUCGGCGGCUACGCCUCGCUCACGCUGGCCGCGUCGCUGACCCGCUCGUACCACGGCCUGCUCAUCGCCGCCCUGCGCCCGCCGCUCGAUCGCACCUUGCUGCUCACCAACCUCAACGACGCCGUCGUCUACCUCGGCCGCGCCUACCACCUGGCCACGGACCGCCGCCGCGCCGCUGCCGUGCGCCGCCAGGCCGCGCGCCACCGCGCCCACCCCGCCGCCUUCGCCGCCCCCACCCCGGACUACCGCACACACGUCCCCGUCACACCCGCUCGCCCCGACCCCGCCGCCGCCGCGCUCGCCCCCGUGUAUAGCCCCGCCGGCGCCAAGUCCCACGCAGACGUGCGCCACGACGAGGUCGUCUCCCCCGCGGGCUUCGAGCUGCUCGAGUCGUUCAGGCUGGAGGGCACCGUCCCGGUCUUUUGCUACGCCUUUGCUGACGCCCUCCUGGAAAAGAGGAUCUGGAUGAAGCAUGGACAGAACACCGUUUACGUCACGUACCGCCUGCGCCGCGCCGUACAGGCGAUUCAGCUGCGCGUCAAGGCCCUCGUUAAUCACCGCAACCACCACUCGCGCACGUCGGCCUCGCGCCCGCAUUUUAACUACUCGGUAAACGUCGGCCGCGACGGCUCGGCCGUGUCCGUCUUGUUCGUCACCCCGGACCAUCAGGAGACCACGCUCUGCAUGCGCGUCAGCAGCGGCACCGCAGAGCUCACCAAUGAGUGGGUCACGGGCUUUGUGUUGAGCGAGGAACGCGCACGCGGCCUACCGGAAGUCGACGACAACCUCCAUGCCGCCUCGUUUCUUCUCGAUUUGCCCCCGGGCGGCUGCGUUACGUUUGUGGCCAGCUCGGAACUAGAUGCCAUGCGCUUGAGUCUGGACGGGGACGCGGAGUUGGCAAUGCAGCAUGCCUACGAAAAGUCUCUGCUCCACAAGUUUGAAAACGCGAGGGGUAGGUCUACGGAGCGACAAGCGGCGCUCGCUGACCAAACUCUGUCGCCCUUGUGGAACGAAGCUAUCUUCGAUGAUAGGCUCUCUCCGAAAUCCAUGAAGAAGAGAAGAAGGGCUAGUGUGGAGCCGUGUAUAAAGCAACUCGUUCUGGCGGCGGAUCAAUUUAUUAUUUCAAGAGGCGGUGGCCGAUCGGUCGUCGCCGGCUUUCACUGGUUCACUGACUGGGCAAGAGAUGUAAGGCGCACAUAUUCGUCACUAUCUACGAUGAUUUCACUUCCCGGCCUAACUAUUGUCACUGGGCGCUACGAUGUGGCGCGAUCAAUACUUCAGACCUUCUCUAAAUAUGUAAGCAAAGGAAUGCUUCCGAAUCGUUUUCCCGAUGACGGUUCGGCUCCUACGGAAGAAGAUUAUAACAACGCAGAUGGAACCGUAGGUUUUGCGCAGCUAUGGUAUUUUGAGGCCAUCCGUGCAUAUUAUAUGGCCACAGGGGACUUAGAGCUUCUUUUAGAGCUAUACCAAGUACUGCGUGGCAUCAUAUCGCAGCACUGCUCUGGAACAAGAUUUGGUAUCUUGCAAGACGAAGACGGGUUGUUACAAGCAGGUGCUGAAGGCCUCGCAUUAACUUGGAUGGAUGCGAAGACAGAUAUUGUAUAUACACCUCGUGAUGGUAAAGCCGUGGAACUGGCCGCUCUUUGGUUCAAUGCAUUGCACUGCAUGGCAUUUUUCGCUAGUGAACUUGAGGAUGAUGAUGAAUGCAACCAUUUCACGGCCAUGGCAGACAAAACAGAACGGUCGUUCCAGGACAAGUUCUGGAAUUAUGACUUGGAAUAUUGCUAUGAUGUCAUUGAUGGAGGACCUCAAAGGAACAGCAAAGAUUCCGCCCUGCGUCCGAAUCAACUAAUUGCCGCAUCUCUCAACUGGAGCCCGUUGACUGCCGAGCAACGAUUCUUGGUUGUCGAGGCUUGCUCGACGCAUCUACUAGCUUCUAAUGGUAUCAGAACCUUGUCCCCCGACGACAAGCAGUACAGGGGUCAGUAUGUUGGGGAUAUCUUUUCAAGGGACAUGUCAUAUCACCAGGGUCCUGCUUGGGCCUGGCUGUUGGGGCCCUUCAUUCUGGCUCAUAUGCGAGCGUUGAAUAACGCAGAUCUCUCCCGCGAGUAUUUACUUCCGCUGUUGCGAUCGCAUCUCAACGACGCGGGCGUCGGACAGAUAAGCGAGCUUUUUGACGGAGAUCCACCGAAUCGGGCGAGGGGCUGCAUCGCGCAAGCGUGGUCAGUGGCAGAAGUGCUACGGGCUUGGACGGCGACAGAAACGAAUGAUACUGUUGUUCGGUAGUGCUUUUUUUUCUUCUUGUCUGUAGUCUAGUUAUGAUUCUCACAGCAGUGGGAAGUAAUAUUUCGACUUCCCUAUCAUGCACUCAACUCUAUUAACAACUACUUUAAGUGCACCCUCUUCUGGACUUGAAUCAGGGCGCGAUGUUGCCUCACAAAAGCGCGACUGCACUUCAAUGACUUCAGUCGAUGCAAAGGACAUGUGCGGCCUUGGAUUCUUGAAGAAAACGGGGAGUCCUCUCUUUUCAUAUUGCUUGUCGACAGCCUUGAUCAAGUCCACCACGACAUCGAUUUCCGUCGUUGGACUCACCGGAGCGGCAACAAAAACGCGGCGCCCGUUGCCACUCAAAAAAGCUUCUACUUUCCGACGAAGGCGCAUCUCGAUGCGAGGACGAUCCCUCAUGGCCUUGUUGAGUCCAGCAACCAUGUCGGGAAUCUGGGCUUCUCGAAUUACAACCGGGCGCGCGAUGGUGACAUGAAAAUCUGUCAAUGCGGCAAAGGCAGCCUUGACCUUCCCACCAGUUAGCUGCAAUCGCGCCAAGCCCAUGAGUCUGUUCACAAACGCAUCCAACUGAGCGUGCGCGAUUGGCAAGUAAACAUGCACGAGAAA